CAUAUAAAUAGCAGUGUCCGCCAACUCAAAAUCUAUAAAAACUGGGAGUCAAAUGGCAAUGGUGAGUUCGAGAGAAGAAGAUGCGUCGUUGUACGUGCUGCCAGAAGCAUGCAUAGCCGACGUUCUGUCCUUUACUUGUCCGAGGGAUGCUUGUAGACUGUCUAUGGUGUGUUCCUUGUUCAAGGCGGCAGAAGAAUCUGAUGUUGUCUGGGAAAGGUUUCUGCCCCGUGAUUAUCAAUCUAUCAUCUCCAAAUCUGAUGCUUCUUCUAUGCUGCUGGCUUCUGCUUCUUCUAAGAAACAUCUCUAUCUCAAGCUUUGUGAGAAGCCCUUGAUUAUCGAGGGUGGCAAAAAGAGCAUUUCAUUGGAAAAAAAGAGUGGGAAGAAAUGCUACAUGCUUUCCGCAAGAGAUCUGAUAAUUGUAUGGGGUGAUACUCCUACUUACUGGCAAUGGAAUUCUGAUCCUUCCUCCAGAUUUGGAGAAGUGGCAGAGCUGAUUAGUGUAUGUUGGCUUGAAAUCCGUGGAAAAAUCAAUGCUACUAUGCUGUCUCCAGCAACAUUAUACACAGCCUGCCUUGUGUUCAGGCCAACAGGAGGACUUCAUGGAUUAGAUAACCAGCCAGUGGAGGUGGGGGUGGGACUUGUUGGUAGUGAAUGCGGUAAGAGAAAUGUGUAUUUGGAUUCAGAGAGAGGGCGGCGUCAGCAAUACCAUUUUGUCAAUAGGCGCAUCGGCUUGUUCAACCGUUGCCGAAUUGUGGGGAUGCCAGCAUCUGAACCUGCCAGAGAAAAUAAUGGACAAUAUCCAAAGAAAAGGGGAGAUGGAUGGCUGGAGAUUGAGUUGGGGGAGUUCUUUUGCAAGGAAGGGGAAGGAAGAGAACUGGAAAUGAGUGUUCAAGAGGUUAAGGGUGGUGAUUGGAAAGGUGGGCUGAUUGUUGAGGGGAUUGAGAUUAGGCCAAAAGAGGGUAAAUAAAUAAAGACACUUGAAGAGGUUGAAUAUGAUGAGUUGCAGCGAUGCUUAAGUUCAAGCUCAGGUGGUCAUACCAUCAUCGGAUUGCCAUGAAUCCCAGGUUAUUCAUUGCAGCUCCUCUCAAGAACCAGAGCUGAUAGCAGGUUGCAAUCAAGCUUGCAUAGGGCAGGAUGUUCACCCCUUAAAUCACAGUUGUAAAACUACAAAUUCUUUUGUUGAUUUAGUAAUUGAAAAUUUUCCAGGAAUUUUUCCUGUUAGUUA